AUGAGCAGAGGUUGCCGAGAGGUUGAGCGGGGAAUCUUUCGCCUGCUUCAUGGCUGCAAAAGCGUCACCCAACUCACCCAAAUCCACGCUCACUUCCUCCGCCACUACCUCCACCAAUCCAACCAUAUCCUCGCCCACUUCGUCUCUGCCUGCGGCUCUCUCAAUAAAUUGUCAUACGCAAAUCUCGUCUUCGAACAAACCCAAAAUCCCAACAUCCUACUCUUCAACUCUAUGAUUAAGGGCUAUUCUUUAUGUGGACCAUUCCAAAGGUCCAUCCAUUUGUUUUCAAUAAUGAAAAAACGUGGCAUUUGGGCCGAUGAAUUCACUUUUGCUUCGUUGCUGAAGGCAUGUGCCAGUCUUUGUGAUCUUAAACUUGGCCGAGGAGUUCAUACAGAGAUACUUAUUCUUGGGUUUGAAGGAUUUAGUUCGAUUAGAAUUGGAAUUAUCGAGCUGUAUACAAGUUGUGAAAGAAUAGAGGAGGCAAAAAGGGUGUUCGAUGAAAUGUCUCAUAGGGAUGUAAUCGUUUGGAAUUUGAUGGUUCAUGGGUAUUGCAGGAGUGGAGAUGUUGAUAUGGGGUUUCACCUUUUUAGGCAAAUGAGAGAGCGCAGUGUUGUCUCUUGGAAUGCAAUGAUUUCUUGCUUGGCGCACAGUAGUCGAGAUAGUGAAGCUCUGGAGCUUUUUAGAGAAAUGCAGGAUACUGGAUUUGAGCCGGAUGAGGCGACUGUGAUCACGAUGUUGCCAGUCUGUGCUCGUUUGGGGGAAGUUGAUGUUGGGAGAUGGAUCCACUCAUAUGCUGAGUCAAGUGGACUUUAUCAAGAUUUUAUCUCCGUGGGUAAUUCACUGGUCGAUUUUUAUUGUAAAUGUGGGAAUUUGGAAGCUGCUUUCGUGAUUUUCAAGGACAUGCCUCGGAAAAAUGUUAUUUCUUGGAAUGCCAUGAUUUCGGGUUUGGCUUUCAACGGAAAGGGUGAACUUGGGGUUGGCUUGUUUGAGGAGAUGAUGAAUGAAGGUGUAAGCCCUAAUGAUGUGACGUUUGUGGGCAUUUUAGCAUGCUGUGCACAUGCAGGAUUGGUGCAAAGAGGUCAGGAUUUGUUUGCUUCAAUGAUAUCAAAUCAUCAUAUCCAGCCGAAACUUGAGCAUUAUGGAUGCAUGGUUGAUCUUCUUGGGCGUAGCGGAUGUGUCAAAGAGGCUCAUAACUUGAUGCAAACCAUGCCCAUGAAGCCAACAGCUGCUUUGUGGGGUGCAUUGCUUAGUGCUUGCCAUACCCAUGGUGUUAUGGAACUUGCAGAGUGUGCAAUUACGGAGCUUAUUAGUCUUGAACCAUGGAAUUCUGGUAACUAUGUGCUUUUGUCAAAUAUUUAUGCUGAAAGUGGGAAGUGGGAGGAAGUCGAGAAGAUUGCUAAACCUAAGAGGUGCAUUGCCCUCAUUUCCAAAUAUGGGAUGAAGAAGGCUCAUCGCAUUCAUUUAGAUAAAAGACUAUGCCCAGAAGAAUUUUGUGCCUCGCUUGAUUAG